GUGUACCGGGGGCUCAAGGGCGUGCGGAUGCCGGCGAGGUUCGUGGAGGAGGACGCGCGAGGGGUGUCAGGGGGGGUGGAGUACGGGAUGCUCAGCACGUCGACGGAGAGGCAGGUGGCGCUGCAGUACGCCAAGGAAGGCUCGCUGCCGACGGUGUUCGAGAUCAGCUGCGGGGCCAUCGACCGGGGAGCGGACUUGGAGCUGCUGUCGCAGUACCCCGAGGAGAAGGAGAUCUUGUAUCCGCCGCUGUCGUACCUGGAGGUG